AAAUAUACCAACCAUGUGAAUUAGCCGGGCUGAGGCAGUGCCUUUUGUACCUUCGCAGGCGACAUGGAUGGAAUUAACAAGUAUAAUGAAUUUGUGGCUCUGCACAAACCUCAACUAGAAUCCUCAGGAGUUCCUGUACAUUUCUGGCCAGCACUCUAUCGCAAACUUUGCAUGGACAACUUUGAUGCUGGCGAAGCUCUGCAGCUAAUGCUCAUCGACUACGACGAGGAUGAGCAGGAGGAGGAAGACGACAAAACAAAACCAGUAUUUGCUUUAGAAGUAGCACGAGAGCAUGGCAUCAAGGCAAGUGAUCCGCAGGCUAUAUAUUUAAUAGACCAUGUCUGGACAUUUCGCUUCAAAACAGCUCGACAGCAAUUGCUGCAUUAUCCACAGCUGACGGAUCGCUUGUCCGCCAUCAUGGGCGUGGAUCUGGAGCAUGAGCAGCGCAUCGAUAAGAUAUUGAGACGCAUAUGGCGAUAUUGUCAUGCCUACUCCAUUGCUAGAGAAGGUUUGACCGACGAGGAACGUCUGCCCAUUUGGUAUGUGAUGGAUGAGGUUGGUUCCGCUGUCAAUCAUUCGGAUGAGCCCAACUUUCGUUUGGUGCCGCUGCUGUACCUCACAACUCAAACCACUUACAGCGUGCUAUUUCCCAUAAAGGAUUCGGUUCAGGGUACUCCAGUGACUCGAGAUUUUGCUGAAUAUGUGUCUAAUGAUGCACCGCAGCGCUCCGCCUUGCUUCUGCCCUGGCAGGAGACGGACUUGAGUGAGGAAAGCUUUCUGCAGGUGGAACCCAGUGCUGAUUACUUUGCCAGUGGCCACAUACCAGAAACAUAUCCACGGGAGGAGGAGACAUUGCCUGGAUCUACGCCUCCUGUCCGUUGUGAUCCCCUAAAGGUUUUUGCUCAAUACAAUCUGAUACGUGAGCAUUUAACAGCGCCUGAAUUUAUGCUAGUCGACAACAGAGAGGAGGCGGAUGUGCUCUGGCUCACCUGUCAUUUCAAGAAUUUCGGAGAAUUCGCUAGACAAACGCCACACAAAUUCAUAAAUCAGUUUCCCUUUGAGUACGUCAUAACCAUUAAGGAUCUGCUGGGUAUUGUAGGGCGUCGUGCUGCCCUGGAGCAUCACAAUGUUGCCACGCUGGAGACUUACCCUGCCUGGUUGCCUACCACAUACAAUUUAUCCACUGAGUUGCGUGAAUUUGUGGCUUAUUAUCAACGAAGAUCAGCAAAGGGCUUGGAUAACCAUUGGAUUAUCAAGCCCUGGAAUCUCGCACGUGGUCUCGAUACCUACAUCACAAAUAAUAUUAAGCAAAUUGUGCGUUUGCCUGCAACCGGACCAAAGAUAGCCCAGAAAUAUAUUGAAAAUCCUGUGCUGUUCAAACGCGAGGAGCUCAACGCCCAAGUCAAAUUUGAUGUGCGCUACGUGCUGCUGGUGAAGCGAGUGAAGCCUCUAGAGGCUUACGUACAUCGCAAGUUCUUUUUGCGCUUUGCCAAUCACGCCUUCUCCUUGGACAACUUUGACGACUACGAGAAGCAUUAUACGGUAAUGAAUUACCAGGAGCAGGCAGAGCUGCACCACAUACAAUGCGAUGACUUCUUGGACAUGUGGCAAGAGCAGUAUCCUCAACACAAUUGGGCGGCAGUGGAGGAUCGUAUCUGUGACAUGCUGCACGAGGUGCUACAGUGCGCUAGCCAAGAGCUACCGCCUCGUGGUUUAGCGCCUUGUGCUCAGUCGAGAGCAGUUUAUGCAGCAGACAUAAUGCUGGCCUGGACGGGCCAGACUGACGAGGAGAACCAGAUGAGCAUGCAGCCAAAGCUAUUGGAGAUCAACUGGACACCCGAUUGCAAACGCGCUUGCGAUUACUAUCCCGAUUUCUUCAACGACAUAUUCAAGCUGCUAUUCCUCGACGAGCAGAACAACGAGACUUUCAGAUUGCUGACAGAAAAGGAACAUGACAUGUAGAUGUUAAAGGAGUAUUCAACAUGGAAACAUUUAUAAUUCAUCUGAAGUGUACACGAAGCGUAGACGGAAAAGAU